CUCCGCACUCAAAACUCCUAGCUGACUUCAGCCCCGCUGUAUUCACUCGCUUCGCUGCACUCACCCUUCUUCCCCCCAUCCACCACACUUCCUCCCCCUUCCAUCCCCACUCCCCGCCCACCACGCCCCGCACUUGUUUCUCCAACUUAUGCCUCUCAAUCUCGACCCCUAGGGCCCAUUCGGAACUGCUCAGGCCACUCGUGGGGCUGCUGGGUGCCGCAGCCAAGGGAGAAGGAGGUGCGUUCCUUGGGGCAACCUUAGAGGGGGGGGGUGCUGGGUACCCCCGCAGUGAUAUCUACAACUCCCACCCCCUUUCCAUCCCUUACCGUCUCUCUGUCACCAUUCGCACCACUCUUCCCACUGUCAGGGUCUCCACCAUCCCAUUCCCCUGCAACUUCUCCAUCCGAGCCUAA